AUGUCGACACAGCACAGUAGACUUCACUCCACCGCCUCACUCUCGAGCGCUCCCUCCCUCCCUUCUCCCUAUAUAAGCAUACGAGCUCCCCACUUCGAACCAGGCAAGAAGAAAGCUAUCCCCACCUCAAGAACACAGCUAGCGAUCAGCGGCUAGCUAGCCUGCUAGCGCUAGCCAUUGCCGCCGUUCCCAGGAUGGCCAUGGCCGUCCACCUCAGGAAGCCUGUUUGGGCUAUCCUCCUCGUCGCCUUUCUCUGCCUGACACGCUCCGUUUCCGCUCAUCACUUCGAUGAUGACUACGACCCGCGGUACGGGCCCGGGGGAUACGGCCAUGGCCCGAAAGAGUACGGGCACGGUCCGCGCUUCGGGCGCGGGCCGUUUGGCCGUGACUGCCGCUUCGGCCGCUGCCGCGGCGGCGGCGGCGGAUUUGGAGGCGGUGGAGGCUUUGGUAGCGGAGGUGGAGCUGGGGGCGGCCUUGGUGGUGGCGGCGGGAUGGGCGGGGGAGCAGGUGGCGGUCUAGGUGGCAGAGGAGGAGGUGGCCUUGGAGGUGGAGGUGGCGCAGGAGGCGGCUUCGGUGGUGGCGCCGGUGCGGGAGGUGGCGCAGGAGGCGGGCUUGGUGGUGGAGGCGGCGGUGGCUUUGGAGGAGGAGGCGGUGGUGGACUCGGGGGAGGUGGCGGCAAAGGCGGCGGCUUUGGUGCCGGUGGUGGCAUGGGCGGUGGAGCUGGUGGUGGCGGCGGGCUUGGUGGCGGAGGCGGCGGCGGAAUGGGCGGCGGUGGAGGCGGUGGGCUCGGAGGAGGCUCAGGUGGUGGCUUUGGAGCUGGUGGUGGAGCCGGCAGUGGUGGCGGCCUUGGUGGCGGUGGAGGCGGCGGCAUGGGUGGCGGUGGAGGUGGUGGCCUUGGAGGCGGUAAGGGAGGAGGUUUUGGAGGGACUCCUCUUCUCCCGCACUUCGCUGCUCUGGCGUCGCCCCUGAAUGAGGCGGAGACGCGCGGCGGAGUCUAUCUGCGGCACCACACGGAGGAAAGGAAGAACGGCCGGCCACUCCGCCCCGACGACGCCGCGCAGAAGAGGGAGGAGCGCUGCAUCUGCUUCGACGCCGCGCGGGAGAAGGAGAGGGAGGGGCUGCGAAGGAGAAGAGGGAUAAGUGCCUCUGUGACGGGGGAAUAA